AUGACACCUUCGUACGGAAAGAGUGGCAUAGCUGGAACGGUUAUCUCACAGAGGUUUUUGCUACAGCAAGCGGUUCACUCGGCGGAGCUUCUCGAUUUCGAUUUUCUCCCAUGUUUCCAGAACAUGGGCUCAAAUGCAGGCAUCGAGUACGAGACCGUCUUAGCAUGGGUGUUCUGGCAAAGCACCACAACCUUCGCCACAGAUCCUCGCGACUAUGUUUUCGGUAUUGUCGGUAUCGCAAAUGCAAUUUCAAAUAAAAGGGGUCUACCAUAUAAACCUUUCGAAACUGACUACUCGUUGACCACUGCCCAAGUGCUUCAGAAAUUCGUUCUCCGUAUCAUGGAUGGACAGCUUGGAGUUCGAGCAAUCGCGCUUCUGCAAAAAAGCAAUGAGAACAGAACGCCAGCGCUACCCUCCUGGGUACCAGACUUGGCUAGUCGACAAAGAUUUGGCCUGUCAACUAAUGGUGGUAUAAGACCAUCUCAGCCCAGCCAUUCAUGUAAAUCCGUCCAUGGACAGUGGCACAGUACCGGUUCACCCUUUUCUGUCCAUGGACAAGAGGUCUAUCUGCAAAGCCACCACGUUGGAAACAUUACCAAGGCUGCGUACGAGUAUCCGAGCGUCGUUGACAUGAUGGGGUGCCCCAAUUUUGUGCUGCAACUGAUCCCGUUGUUGAAUGAAUUACCAGACCAUUACCCGUGGACGAAUCAACCACCAAUUGACGUGCUGUUGAGCACUAUGUCCCUCGACGAUGAUAAUACAGCGACCUCCGUCAGCACUCAAGGUAGAAGUGAUUUCGAAAAGUGGCUCUUCAAUAGCCUUGAAGCUCUUUUGUAUAGCAAGGCCUGA